UAUAUUGUAGGCCCUUUCUUUGUAUUUAUAUGGAAGAAAUUUGAGACGUUCUUUAAUGUUAAUAUUGAGUUCAUCAAUCAUUGUUUAACAACUAUUACAAACAUAAAAAUGGCAAAUAUGGAAAUGUUAAGUAUCGCGUUGCUGUCGCUGUUGGCUGCCGUCGGUUCGCGUGCAACUUCGAAUGACAUACCGGAUGACAAUACCUACGUUUACGGGCAACAAUGGGUGCUUUUAGUGGCUGGAACUAAGGGUUGGUCUAGCUACAGACAUCAGGCGGACAUUGCUCAUUCGUACCAGAUAGCCAUAAAUAACGGGAUACCAGGAGAGAACAUCAUUGUGAUGAUGUACAACGACGUGGUCAAUAGUACCAAAAAUCCAGCUCCAGGAACGAUGAUCAAUCAACCGGACGGCCAAGACGUGUACGGCGACAUUAUUAUUGACUACAGUGGCGAAGACGUGACUGUAGAAAAUUUCAUUAAAAUUUUGACGGGUGAUUCAGAUGGUAUGAAGGGAAUUGGAUCUGGUAAAGUUAUCGAGAGUACAAUGUUCGACAACGUUUUUGUCAACCUUGAGAGCUUAGGAGUUAACGGCUUGGUAGUAUUUCCUUCGGGCGAAUUUUUGUACGGAGAUCAACUGAAUAGCGCGUUGGAAGAAAUGUCAAACAAUUACAAAUUCAAAAAAAUGUUGAUUUACUUGGACUCCAGCAAUUCGGGAUCCAUGUUCGACGGUCAACUACCCUCAGACAAAAAGAUUCUUGCUAUGACGGCUUCGAAUCCCAGAGAAGGAUCUUACGCUUGUUACUGCGGCGAAGAGUCUGGCGAAUACAGGACUUGCCUGGGUAAUUUGUUCAGCACCACUUGGAUGGAAAAUAUCAACAAAUCUUUGUCGGACAAACGAAGGGCUAUAUACAAAGACUAUGAAGACAUAAGAACAGCAGUGACUUGGAGCAACGUCAUGAUGUACGGAGACUUCGGAGUGAGCUUAAGUCCAUUCUCUGCGUUCAUGGGAAACCCCAGCGAUAAGAUUUCGCAUUACAUAAAUUAUUCUCCUAAGCAGAAUGUCGAAUCCAGCAAAGAGGGCGCAUCCAUCUCUAUCGAUGUUGGUCUUAAGAAAAAACUGGACGUCAGCGAAAGGUUGCAAUUGCAGAAACAGAUUCUCUAUAACAGAAAAAUGCGUUUAACCGUGGACAAGGUAUUCAGGCAGAUCUACAAGAAAGUGGUAAAAGAGUGGCCGGAACUAGCAGAUAAAGCAGGGGACAUCCAGAACCCGGCUGUAUUACAAUUGACUGCAAAUGAUUAUCCGUGCUACAGAAGUAUCGUGAACCGCAUAUCCAGCAAAUGUUUUUUCAUAGACCAGGACACUUAUGCGCUAAGCCAAUUGCCAGUGUUUGCCAAUUUCUGUGUUAUCGACAACGAAAUAGACAGCAAGAUCGCCCAAACCAUAGAUGAUAUCUGUUCGAAAGUAAAGAUCCCAAAACAUUUAGAAUAAGUUUUGAAGGUGUAGUGUAUACACAACAUUGUAAAGUUUACCAUCAAUGUUCCGACCUAUAAUAAAUUAAUUUAAAUUAAAAAAAAAAUUUGUCUUAUACUUCAUUUAUAAUUAAAACAUAAUAUAACCCAAUACAUUCAAUGUAAUUACGCUAGUCGGAAA